CUGGUUGCGACUAGUUGCGACCAUUCGCGCUGUUGCAUCUGGUGGCCAUCAAUUCAACAGCUCGGUGCUUUCCAGCCAGCCUUCAGACACCAUCCGCAGCACAAAGCACCGCACCACUACGCCCGUCGUCCUCGGCCUUCUCGAACAUGUCUGAAGCAGAUCGGCAGGUCUUUGCCCACAUCGUCGGCUUCAUCGCCGCGCGCCUGGUCGAUGGUACAUAUAAACAAAUCCCCCCUAUCGGACUGCCCACAGCCGGCGAUGUUGGAGCUUUGGGACGCAUGUGGAGAUCAUACGUGUCGCACAACAGAGGACAUGUUUACACGCUACUCAGCCGGCGUAGAAAUGCCAGUAGAGACCUGAACGGACUCAAGGGUACAGUUCAACACUUGAUUGAACACACAAGAGAUACCCAGCAAUACCUUGGGACGGUAUCGGAACUCUCUCUUCGCACCUUGAUCCCGGAUCUUUCGACCUCCGUGGCGGGCAUCCUUCGCAAUCCUCCGUAUAAACCGAUGGGCAACUUGGACGCCACUGUAUUGGCGCUCUGUCGUUGGUUCAAAGACAAUUUCAUGAGCUGGGUCGAUCCUGUACUCUGUCCGCAGUGCAAUGGUCCCACGCAGAGUGCCGGCAAUGCGGCUCCGUCUGCGCAGGAGUCGACGAAAGGCGCUGGCAGAGUCGAGCUUCAUCGUUGCGCAGAUGGCGCUUGUGGGGCAACACGAAGAUUUCCAAGAUACGGAACUGUGGCUGCGCUGGUAGAAAGUAGGGAGGGAAGAUGCGGUGAAUGGGCGCAUCUGUUCUACGCCAUGAUGAGAGUCAAGGGUAUCGAAGGGAGGUACAUCUGGAACAGUGAGGAUCACGUCUGGUGUGAGUACUGGUCUCCGAUAAUGAACCACUGGGUACAUGUAGAUCCAUGCGAAGCUGCCACCAACAAACCGUUGACAUAUGCCAAAGGUUGGGGCAAAAAACAAGCAUAUUGCCUCGCAUUCGGGCCAUAUGGGGCGGAGGAUGUGACUAGGGCAUAUGUCGAUGAUUGGGACGGGGACUGUCAGGUCAGAAGGCAAGCUCGUGGCUGGAGUGAGAGAGACCUUCAAGUGGAGCUACUCAAAGUCACGGUAUCCUUGCGCCUCAGAAUGGAUCCCGUUUUGCGAGCCCGUCUCUAUCGCAUGGAUGAAAGCCAAAGAUCUUGGAUCUCUGACGAGAAUACUCGACUCAAGGAGGCCGAAAGUAUGGGAUUCGAGGGGCGCAUCUCUGGGCCAGACGAGUGGAAGAGAAUGCGAGAUGAACUUGGUGAUGCCAAGAGAGCGGUGGUCAAACCUAGAUACACAGUUGCGACUCAAUUUGGUGCACAGGUCGGCGACCUCGUCAGAUUUGGCGAUGUCCAGACAGACAGUGACUCCAAGAUUGUCCUCACAUCUGCUAAAAGCCAAACUUCAGCAGUUUUCCAACCAUGUCCAAUCCCUCAGACUCAAAACUUCUCUACCAACAUGACGUUCCGGAUGACCCCACCCCCGGAAGCCGGGGGUGCGGACGGAAUUGCAAUCUUAUUUGCGAAAAACCAAAGCAUGGGGCUGGGGGGGUAUGGGCUCGGAUACUCAGGAGCAGGUGAUGAAGGCGAUUUCGCUGUCGAAGUCGAUACGUAUCGUACACAGGAUUUUGCCGACGAUCCUCCAACACCACACAUAUCUGUUCACUCCCCUCCAAAUGCCCAUCACCGCCACUCUAUCGCAUGUACGCGCCCAGGCGACCUGCCGCAAUUGAGCAACGGAGAGGAAUAUACUCUGCAUCUGAUAUACUCAGGGAAUACUCGACGAUUGAGGGGUUACUUGACAGUACCGCCCUCGGAUGGAGGCGAAGAAAUUGAGCUUGUGGAUGUUGUCAUACCUAAGGGAAGGACAAGGACAGAUUGGUAUGCGGGCGUCACCGGCUCGUGCGGAGGACUUUGGCAAAGACAAGAGGUCACCAAAUGGAGUAUAGACCUCAUAGAAUUCGAAGAGGGCGACGUUGUGAGAGAAGAGGCCGAUGACGUUUGACCAAUCAUGCAUGUAAUGCACACC